CUAGAGAGCGGGACCAGUCCACCAUUAAUGCAAUUCACCGGCACCUUCCAACUCUCUCUCUCUCUCUCUCUCUCUCUUUUCUCUAAUUAUAAUAGCAGUCAAAGCUUAGCAUAGCUUCCUUCAGCUUUGUCAACUUGUUCUUCUUUGGGAAAGCUCUGUCUGAGCUUCUCAGCCACCAGAAUAUUACUCAAAUCGAAAACCCACCUCUCUCUCGCACAGCGUGUAAAAAUCGACCUUGGCUUCGCUGAAAAGGAGCCUGUGUUUACAUUCGCAACCCAGAUCUGCUUGGUUCUACCGUUCAAAGUUUGGUUCUUUGCAGCUGAGUGUCAAAUUUUUGUGAUCUGUAGGAAGUAAAAUCAAAAGCUUAAUUUGCUUUGAUGGGGGUUUGCUUGAGUGCCCGAAUUAAAGCUGAGAGCCCAUGUAACACAGGGGCAAAUUCGAAAUAUGUUAGCACAGAUGGAAAUGAUUUUAGCAGUACGAGUAGCAAGGUCUCAUCAGUUUCAACGCCUUUGACUCCUCGAAGUGAGGGUGAGAUCUUGCAGUCCUCCAAUGUGAAGAGCUUUAGUUAUGCUGAACUGAAAAUGGCCACCAGGAAUUUCCGUCCUGAUAGUGUGUUAGGAGAAGGUGGUUUCGGCUCAGUUUUUAAGGGGUGGAUUGAUGAGCAUACAUUUGCUGCUGCCAAGCCUGGGACUGGCAUGGUUAUAGCUGUGAAAAGGCUUAAUCAAGAAAGUUUUCAAGGUCACAGGGAGUGGUUGGCGGAAGUUAAUUAUCUGGGACAGCUUUAUCAUCCUCAUCUUGUGAAAUUGAUUGGCUAUUGCUUAGAGGAUGAACAUCGACUACUGGUGUAUGAGUUCAUGCCCCGAGGCAGCUUGGAAAAUCAUUUAUUCAGGAGGGGUUCUUAUUUCCAGCCUCUUUCUUGGAAACUCCGUCUGAAGGUUGCCCUUGGUGCUGCAAAGGGGCUUGCCUUUCUUCAUAGUGCUGAAACAAAAGUGAUAUAUCGUGACUUCAAGACUUCUAAUAUUCUGCUUGAUUCGAGCUACAAUGCAAAGCUCUCUGAUUUUGGGUUGGCCAAGGAUGGGCCGACAGGUGAUAAAAGUCAUGUCUCUACCAGGGUUAUGGGGACAUACGGAUAUGCAGCUCCCGAGUAUCUAGCCACAGGUCAUCUUACUACCAGAAGUGAUGUCUAUAGUUUUGGGGUUGUCCUACUAGAAAUGUUGUCGGGCCGGAGAGCAGUUGAUAAGAAUCGACCGUCUGGAGAGCACAAUCUGGUAGAAUGGGCUAAACCCAACCUUGCAAACAAACGUAAGAUCUUCCGAAUCCUAGACAACCGUCUUGAAGGCCAAUAUACAAUGGAUGUUGCCUCUAAGGCAGCGACCCUUUCAUUGCGAUGCCUAUCCGUGGAAGCCAAGUUCAGGCCGACAAUGGAUGAGGUUGUAACAGCAUUGGAGCAGCUCCAGGAAUCAAGGGAGACUGGUGGUACGGAGAAAAAUUUGAGUAACGGACCCAGGACUCGAAGACGAAGCGCAGAUGAUACUCACCAGGAAAGGAAACCUGCUGCUUACCCUCGGCCCUCCGCUUCUCCUCUUUAUGCUUGAAAAUGCAAUAGCAGAACUUGAGAAAAGCUGCUUCUUGUUCUGCUAAUAACUGUACAGAUCAUAUUUUGGCUACUGUGUUCAAAAGAUCAACAUCACUUGACAAUUUCCUGGUGAGCUUCUAACAUGAGGAAUGCCACAAUGAUGUAUGUCUUGCAGAUAUGCUUGUAACAUUUGGAAACAGCUUGGAAAAUAGGGAUGCAAGUGCAGUUGUAUGAUGACUACAGAUAGCUGUCCUUUUUCUUUCAGCCUGGGGUGGAAUAUCUUCCUUUUGUUUUACUGUUAGGUUGGUCUGUCUGUCAUUUACAUGUAUUAGUUUGCUGUAACGUCUCUAUAUGUGUUCUUUCCAAAAGAAGGAAAAGAGAAAAAAAUCCAGCCAUUGAAGAUUGUUUCUUUGUGAUUAUGAAGUUGUUAUUCUAUUCUGAGCAACAACUAGAAAUAAGAAAAAGAAAGGCAAUCUAAGAAGAGAAAUAAGUUGGUGUAGAUUGAUGAAGUUCACCAGAAAAGUCUGAGCAGACAGGAGCUGAACUUGAGGGAGGCACACGUGGAUUCAUAAGCAAUGUUCUCAGUCUAUGAAACUUUUGAGCUUUUGACUUUUGUAAAGCACAUUUUCAAUUAAUUAAUAUGUUUCCUGAAAA